CCAGUCCCGACGAGGGUGGGACGCAUACGGUAGAUCGCGAGGGGGGUUAGCGGUGUGGCACCGACGCCGACGUCGAGGUUGGGGUGGACGUACCGCAGGAGAGGGGCGCCAUUAUAUUUGCGCAGGGCCGUCCAAUAGGGCGCAGUAUCGUCCCGACCGCCGUCGCGUUCGCACACCGUCGUAUAGUUACGUCUCUGGACUCUGUGAAACGCGCGUAAAACCACCGCCGUCGCCGUCGCCGUCGCCGUCGCCACCUCCCCCUCCCUCCGAACGUCCACGUCCGGUGUCCCGGCGAGGGUGAGAUCCACGCGAGACGUGUGUACUCGUCCUCUCCUUACCGUCCCCCUCCGGUAUCUAUCCCGCAUCCGUGUCUCUGUAUCUUUUCCUUUCCCCGUGUUUCGAUCUCUCUACAUCCGUAUCUCUUCACGUUCCGUACAUUCCUCAUCCCUCACCACCGGAUUGUCGCGCGUCCGUCGCAACUUUUACUCGCCCGCACGCAGUAUAAACAACAACGGAGAGCGCGAGAGUCCGCCUACGCACGAGGAAAUCGCAAGUGGAAAGUGUUGCGCUGCGACAAAAACGAAAGAGUCGGAGAUCGAUCGUUGGAGCAUCAAAUUGCGCUGAACAGGAAGCUGCACGUCCCAUUGCAUAAUGCCUGUCUGGAUGAAGUUUACCAGUAUUGAACAACGUGACCAUCCUCGAUGGACUUAGUCAUAAGGUUUAGAACAUCGCGGUCAGCGCGUUGCCGAGCCUGAGUAGGUGACGUACGCCAGGACAACGACGACAACGGAGGAAACGACUCGACCGCGUAGGAGGGCGUGAGCCGGGGGCUUCUCGAUCGGCUGUAUCGAUGGAGCCGUCCUGAUGCAGACCGCGGAACUACGCGGGGUUCACCCGGCCUGGUCGUCGGACUAAUUCCACCGGCGGGCCCUGGCGAUUACACGGAGCAGCGACGAGCUCUCUCAUCCCCGUCGACGGCAACAGACCCAGCCACUUCCACUUCCUCCACCCCACGUGGCCGCACCAUCACCUGAUAAGAGCUGGAGAAGCGGCCGCAGCCGCAGCCGCCUCGGAGCUCUGAGGAGCUGGAGGAUCUGCAUAAGCUGCUGCACUUCCCCGAGGAGGUGGCGCUCAGGUUGACGGAAAGCGAGUACCAGCUAUUCUAUCAGGUACCACCGCACGAGUACUUAAGGCACGUGGCGCAGGAUCAGACCGCGUUGCAGAAACCACCUGCCAGGCCACCCCCGUCGCCGAGUCGCAGCUGCAGCAACCCCAGCACCGCCAACAGCUCGACCCAAACCGAGGACGAAGCAACCUGGCCUGUCGCCACGGUGUACUCCACCGUGCAGAUCCUCAUCGAUCGUUUUAAUGAGGUAAGCUCAUGGGUCACCCACGCGAUCACCAGCGGUGCCACGGUAGAAGAACGGCAGGCAGUGCUGUCCUGUCUUCUACGCGUCGCGCUAACCUGUUGGAACACCGGAAACUUUAAUUCAGCCAUGGAGAUAAUUGCCGGUCUGAAGUCCAACAAGCUGAAGCCGUUUUGGCACGGCGUGAACGAGCCCAUACCGGUCAUGGACUAUCUCUCCUCCGCCCUUCUGUCUUCCGAAUACGAGCGUGCGCUUGCCCGCGCUCUCGCGAUGCCGGAAUGCCCGGUGGUGCCAUUCUUCGGGGCCUUCCUGCGCGAGCUGCGGGAAGUUAUCGCGUGCGAUACAAAGCCCCAGCCCGAGUUCAAGGAAAAUCGCGAGUCACCACGUGCUAGCGUUAAGGAAAGCGAACCUCAAGAACACGUGCCUUCCUCUACGCCGGUCGCCAGGAUCGCCGUCGAGAGCAACACAGAGACGCCGUCGGGAUGGAGUUCGAGGAUUGCCUCCUUGAACAAACCGGAGAACCCCAUCGCACCAGUUCACGAUACAAAUGCCGUUCUCGACAAAGUCGCGCUCUUUCACAAGCAUCGGCAUGCUCGUGGCAGAGACGCGACUACCGGUUCCCUUCAUCGCACCCUGAGCGUUCACACGACCGCGAUCGAGCAAACCUACAUGGCGGAGGAAUGCGACGAGAAUGACUAUCAUCUUGAUUUGGACUCCUACAAGCCCGUGCAGCCGCUCAAGAUCGACCACGGAGUCGCUUUGUUUCCCGUUGCCGCGCCGCACACUGGCAUGGAUCUUCAUCUUCUGCAGGUGCUACAUCAUGGAACGACUUUGGUGCAUUGGGACUGCGAGGGUGGCACCUCGAGGACGGCGUUGGUGUUCGCGCGCGUCGAUCGCGCUUGUGGCACUUUCGUGUGGGAAAAGCCACCCUGGAGUCCUCUGAAAACGGCGCAAGUUGGCGGCGCGGCUCUCACAGAGUUUUCGUUAAGCACGAACCCGGAGGACGCGAUACCGGCGGGCCUAGUCGGCAGGUACACGCAGCAGCAGGCUGACUGCGCUUCUGUCACUUUGGAGGAGGGAUACCUCGACCUGGGAUCGGUAAAGGAGAUAAUGAUCGGUUGUUGCGAUCGCGAUCGAGAGGCUGAUCUCAGGAGCAUCUGCAAGAGAUACGGCCUACCUGGCUCCGACUGCUGCAUCGGCCUCAUGUACGGCUCCAAUCUUCCGGACAAUCGACUGAUCUUGCUACUUUGCCCUCCCACCCUUAGCAGAAUAUGGUACAUGGGAUUGUGCUGGAUAUUGCGAGGCCUCAAACGACAACAACAGUUAACAGAUCGUAGAUCACGCUGGUUGAAAGAGAAAUAUCUUCAGUUAUACUUUUCCUACUUGGAACAACCGAUCGAGGGCGUGGACCAGCCGACGACGGCCGACGCUAUUCGCGUUUUCGGCGGUCGCGACUGGUCCAUGACGGAAAGCGUCGGCACGCUGUCUCCGACGAGCAGCAGUACUCUACGCAGACGAAAUGUUAAAGGCAAAAAGACAAAGUCAAUCGGCAACAUUCAUGCUCUAACCAAGGAUCUGAGUAUAAAACAGUACGACUCCUCGACCUCGGACGGCGGUCUGUGCGCCACGCCUCUUCGUCAUCUGACGGGUAGCAGAGAGUCUUUAACGAGGAUUCUGCCGGCGUCACCGAGAGCAAGCCGAGACCGAAUCCCGCCGCGUAGCCCGCCUGGUUCCGCCGAUCGUAUCACUUCCAACUUGCCUUACUCCGCUUUUCAAAGUUUGCUAUGUGUCGCCAGAGAAAAGGAUAAGAACGGAUCCGGUGGUUUGGAACGCAUACCGGGAGGCUUGGAACGGAUACCGGGAGGCUUGGAGGCCCCUUGGCAGAUGAAAGCGCAAACUACCUCGAUCAUGUAUGAGACGCAAUUGAACUUUGUGGAAUUCGUCGCGCUUUUCCGAUCGUUCAGCUUACGGGCCAGAAAAGAUUUGCGUGAUUUAUUCAGCCAAUUAGCGAUAACCUGCCGCAGCCAGAGUGACGGAUCGUUAAGGGACUUUAAUAUUCGCCCGGUGGUGCUCAGACAAACCAGUGAUGCCACUCCACAAAGAAUCGGCUUGUUGACGAGAAACAACUCUAUUGAUUGUCACGAAUACAAGACGGGCAGCAAUCUACAAAAAAAGCAAAUCUUCGACGCCGUCGCGGCAGCGAGUAUAGUCAAUAAUUGCUCGGGCGUGGACACGUCAAAAUCCCAAGUAAUCACUUUAGCAACGUUUACAAAAUUCUUGGAAUCUCGGCAGCAGGAAAAGUUGAGCGACGACGAAAUCAAGGCGUUGAUCAAGAGGCACGAACCGGACCCGGCACUUCGCACACAGUGGUGUCUGUCUUUCGAGGGUUUUGCACGGUAUAUGAUGGACAAGGACAAUUACGCCUUCCCGAACGAGUAUGCGACACCGUCCGAAACCGAGAUGCAGCAGCCUCUGUCGCAAUAUUACAUUGCAAGUUCCCACAAUACAUAUUUAACCGGGCAUCAACUCAAAGGAGAGUCCUCCGUGCAAUUAUACUCGCAGGUGCUCUUAACCGGGUGUCGCUGUGUUGAGCUCGAUUGUUGGGACGGCGACGAUGGAUCGCCGUUGAUUUAUCAUGGUCACACUUUCACUACAAAAAUACCAUUUCGCCAGGUCGUCGAGGCGAUCGAUCGAAGCGCCUUUGUCGUAUCCCCCUAUCCCGUAAUCCUUUCCAUCGAGAACCACUGUUCGCCCAGUCAGCAAGCUCGCAUGGCACAAAUAUUUCAGUCCGUUUUUGGCGAGAAAUUGGUGACGAAAUUUCUCUUCGAGACCGACUUCAGUGACGAUCCUCAACUGCCUUCGCCUUCGCAGCUUCGUUACCGAAUCUUGAUAAAAAAUAAGAAGCUGGUAAUCGAUCCCGCCGGCCCUUUGUCACACACACCCGUCAGUCAUCGAGGGAAAAUGCUCAUGUCGGAUCGGGCAUCCUCCAUGAAGCAAAUGCGGACUGACGUAAGCAGCACGUCGGUUGUCGAGUACUUUAGCGAGGACGAGGAUGACGAAGAGGACGACGACGAGGAUGACAACAUCGAUGAUAACUCGAUUUCGAGUUACGAGAGAUAUCUGGGUGGCGGCCAAGUGCCGCACGGCCGUUUGAAGUCGGACUCGGGGGUGGACGACAAGACGCAAAAGCAGAGCAGCCAGAUAGCCAAGGAGCUGUCGGACUUGGUGAUUUAUCUGCAGGCGAUUAAAUUCCGCGGACUGAACACCAUGCCAGUUGUACCGGGAAAAAUACGUCACCAAACGCACACGGGGCCAGUUCAGAGACACAGUAUCGCCGGUAUAGGACCCAGCAGCAUAGCUUCCUCGUCGGGAUCGCCGCAAUCACUCUCGACGUCCGCCUCGAUCGCGAGCGGCGGCAGCAACAUCGAUAACAUCUUCAGAUCCACUCGUGGAAUGCCGCUCUGCUUUCAAUGUUCAUCUCUGAACGAGAGCUCGGCGAAGAAGAUCUGUAGGAAGCAGCCGUUAGGCGUGGUCGCUCAUGCCGAAACUCAGCUCAUUCGAACGUAUCCCGCUGGGAUGCGUAUUGAUUCCACAAAUUUCAAUCCUGUUAUAUUUUGGGCUUUCGGAAUCCAAAUGGUUGCGUUAAACUAUCAAACCGAUGACGCGGGUUUAAACCUGAAUUCAGCCAUGUUCGAGCAAAGUGGUCAUUGCGGAUACGUUAGGAAACCCUCGGUGAUGUGGGAUAAAGGACACAUGAUGUACAGGCGAUUCAACCCUUGGGACAAGGAAUUCGACGGGCUACAUUCGGCGCAUUUAAGUCUAUCAAUAAUCUCAGGACAAUACGUCUCAAUUACAAACUUCGCCACCAGCACGUACGUCGAGGUCGAAUUGGUCGGUAUACCGAUCGACUGCGCGAAGCACAAAACGAAGGUGAUCCAGAACAAUGCGUUGAAUCCCAUCUGGAACGACAAAUUCUGCUUCCAAGUGAUGUUCAAGGAUCUCGCCUUCCUGCGUUUCGGUGUUAUCGAGGCGAGCUCCCAUCACGUGAUCGCGCAACGUGUAAUACCGCUCAAGUGUCUACGGCCCGGCUACCGACACGUGCGAUUACGAUCCUGCAAGAACAAGCCGCUAGCCCUUUCCACGCUCUUCAUCUAUUCCCGCUUGGAGGAGGAGAGCUUGGACUACAACACCUGCUGCCGCGAUCAUAAGGAGUCGUCCAAGCGUCUCUCAUCGAGCAAGGAGCCCGAGAAACUGAGUACUGUCGAUCCCGGAUCUCUUGGUGGCGUCACCUUGAAGAGACGAAUGUUCUUCUUGAUGGUCUACCACGUGAUACCGGACGAACCGUACACCAUUCUGAAGGUAACCCAGGAGAGUACUACACAAGAGGUGAUGCUGCAGGCGUUGCAAAAGGCCGGGAUAUCGCCGGAUCACGUAGAUGAGUACAUUUUGGUGGAGGAGGUGUCCCGCGGAUGGGAGAAAAGGGACAGGGAAGAGCUACCGACUCAACGCGUGCUGGACCCCACGGAGCAUCCCCUUCAAGCGCAGGCUCUCUGGAAAGGGCAAGGUCGCUUUCUGCUGAAGCGAGUGGGCGACGAUCCGAGCAGUAGAGCGUGGCUCGCCUCCAUCAGGAGCACGGCCGGCCACUCGAAGCUCAACGAUUCCAACGCGAGGGACCAAUCCACUCACAUAUGGGACGAGGCGGAUACCUUUCUGGUCUGCAUCUACAACGUCUCACCGGAGAUCCCUUAUGCGAUUCUACGGGUACCGAUAAGCAGCUCGGCGCAGGACGUGCUGGCGCAAGCUCUGAUAAAGGCCAGAAGAAUGGAGAACCCGGCCAAGUUCGCCCUGGUCGAGGAGCUGGAAUGGGGCGGCGCGGGCGCUGUCGGGAGCGGAAAUCGUCAGUUGAGGGUGUUGAACGACGACGAGAAUGUUUACACCACGCAAGCCUUUUGGAAGACUCUCGGCAGAUUCAUCCUCCGAGAAAGAGAACAAGCCAUACCGAGGCGGACCUUGCUGCCCGCGACCCUCGAUAGACUCAGCAAGGGAUUUUCCGUCGGCAGAUCGGUGUCCUUGCCAGGAUCCAGCAAAGAAAAGGUGCCUGUUUCGGAAGCACUGUCGGACCCCACAUCCAGAGGCCUGAGACAUCGGCUAAUGAUGUCGGGACGUAGACGGGAGGUUCACUCCGACGGGGAAGAUACGCGCGAGUCCGAUAUACUGAAUGCUGCUUUUCAUCUGAAGAAGGUCUCGUUCAGGAAACUAAUGAGCUGGAAGUCAUAGUGGCAAUCAAGGGCGACGUCGAUAUCAUCGAUCCUCGCCGCUCGGAGAAGUAACCUGUAAGCUUGUAGUCCAAAUACCGUGAUCAGAAGACUAGCUCUGAUCUUUGCGAAAACGUUUCCCAUGCCGACGAUCCUGUCGAGGUGCGAUCUCAAAACGAAAGAGGAGCUUGUGAGGACCGAGAGAUUUCACUUUGUCGAAAAUUCAUGUAACACAAGCGUCACGGACGCUCGUACAAGUUAGAAUCUGUAAGUCGUUAAGUCGAAUGACAAGGCGUGUGUUACGAUCAGAAUAGAUAAAUAUCCAUCGCGAUACUACAGAAAUAUCAGAUAGCGUGUUUUUAUCAUUGAUCAUGUGGGGACAUUACGCGAGAAAAAAUACGAUCUUUGCAAUAGAAAAAAAAGGAAGAAUCGAUUUCUUCAGAAAAGAAUAGGAUGAUUUUUUUUUGGAAAACAUCUAAUGUCUGGAAAACAGCAUGACAUUCUUAAAUUCGAUUAUGCACGCGAUUAUCUCCGUGUUAUUUGAGCAAAAUAUCGGAUAAACGAAAUCACCAUCGCUGCAGAAAGCAACACUUCGAUGAAUUUUCCCAAGAAAAUCGAACGAUACUGAGAUGGAAAAAUUAUUACGCCGCCAUUUUCAAAGAUUUUUCAAAGAGUUUUAAAAAGUAUAUAGCAUAUCUCUGAAGUAACGACAUAGCACAAUCAUUAAGUGGCAAAGCGACGAUUCUUGAAUCCCCUUAAGUUCGCAUGAAAGCCAAUAAGCAUCAUACUGGAUUACGUUACGUGGCAGUAAAUUAGUAUCAGAUCGCGGAUCGAGAGACGGAUGACGUAACUUCCGCGUUCGACAGAGACGCGCUGGCGCGUCAAAAGAAAAAGAAAGAAAAAUUAGUAAAUGCCACGCGUCGCGCCUGAUUUUAUUAUUUUUGUACAACGAAGGAAGGAGGGAGAUCGUACCGGGCGAUCUCUAAACAUUUUGCCAAACGACGAUUCUAAGUGAUUCUAGAUCCGCGACACAUUCGUAAUGUUUAGACGUAUAUCGGAAGUGCUUCCCAGUUUGAACCAGUGUUUCCGUUUGAAAUAUAUAUCGCGCCUCCGUCUAAAUCGAUAUAUCGAUAUAUCUCCAAAGAAAUUACGUAGCUUCAUGUGACUUCUCGUCAUUCGUAAGCAUUAUUUUUAUCAUUUUACGUCGUACCUGAGGUUUUUCCAUUGAUACGAGAGUUACGCCUUCGCGCGGGAGCUCUGUAAUAAAGUUAUAUAUCGCUGUUAUCGCACUUUGUUUGUUCGCUCUAUUAAUGUUAAACAAUUUCUUUCUGCGUCUAGUCGACCAUGUGAUAAGGAAUUUGCGUAUAGAAUCCAAUGAGAGCGCAUCGUAAAAAUGUAUAUUGGGAGUUGCUACUUAAAGAUCGUAUUUACUAUAUAUUGUUAACGCUAGAGGGUAGAUCGAUGUUGCAUUCUCGAUUACCGUCCCUCUCUCCUGACUGUUUUAGCGAGCGUAUGUAUACGUAGAUUGUAAAAAAAAAAACGAGACCAAGGAGUGUCGAUGGAGUGGAAAAUACCGCGUCCGAAUGUGCUAUCACUCUAUUCAAUUAUUUUUUCACGUGACAAAAGCAUUCGCGCGUCGACGAGCACACACUCGAAACCGACAGCCUAAUUUUAUGGAAAAAUAAUUUCGCUAAUAGCGUUAAUUAAUUAAUUAAUGAGGAAACAAUAUGGAAUCUGACGUCGCAAGCCAGUGAGGUCGCGAGAUAGCCUUGCCCCUCCCCCCUCUCUCCGUCUUCCACGUCCGAAUCGUCCCAGAUAUUUUAUAUUUUUUCGAAACGGCUUCUGCAGACCGACCUUUUAGACGAAUCUGUAGGCUGUACGAAAGCACGGAAACGCCGGGAUUUUUUAAUGUUGCGAGAAAAAUAUAUGCGAGAUAUACGCUAGUCGUAUCAUUCCCCAAAAUGCUUCGCGACGUCACUGGGGACUCUGUAUAUUUUUGGAUACCACUUCCUUCCUUAUCCUCCAUCUCUCCGAAAAUACGUAAUCACACAUAUCCACAUGAGAGACCAAAUGGGCGAGGCAGACAAACGGGAUAAGAAACGAGAAACAAACACAUACAGGCCAAUUACACAUAUCUCUGAGUAAAUAAAAAAAAUAAAAUAAAAGGAACAAUAUUUGAUAGAGUAAUUUCCGUGGAAGAGAAACAUCAAUGCAUCAUUCCCAAAAGUUGUUCUAUCUGUGCUAGCCGUGAAAAGAAAGAAAAACAAUCUGAUCGGUCCAAUUUGUAGAGAUCCAAUCCACUGAAGAGAAACAAGAUUUAAACCAACUGUAUUUAUAAUACCGUUAGAUCGCAAUCGUAAAGUACUUCUUAGAUACAUGAUGGCCAGCAUCUAAUUUACGAUCGUUAUCUACCAACGCAUUUGACAAUAGUGAUUAGUAAAAUGAUUAUAAAACCUAUUUCUUUAAAAUAUAUUUUUUGUUGCCUAUAACAAAAAAUAAUUAAAUUUAAAGUUUUUUUGUAUUUAUAGGAAUAGCUUUUUUUUUACAUGUUUUAAAAUUUCUUCUUCGGGAAAAAUAUCCCGUAAUAUGGAAAUCUAUAGAUACAUUUUUCUCCGUUCUUUUCUUUCGAUCACCUUACACACUGCAAUGCAGUAAAAUUUCUCAAAUAUUAACGGAAGACUAAAUCGUGAAAUCGCGCAACAAUAUGGCAAACGCAACAAGCAUGCGUACUCUCAUCACCGCGUGCAAUUUACACUAAAUGAUAAGCGAGGUCAAAGUACAUCCCGGUACACCGCAACAGUAUUUACCUAAUGUGUAGCAUCCUCAAGGAACAUUAUGUAUAUAGCAGUAAAAUGAACAAAAUGGCUACUAAUAACGUUAAUUAAUUAAUUAUUGUAAUUAAUAUUCGACGCUCCUUGGACCUCCGACUAAACCCCCGUAUCAAGAGAAUCAUCGAUUGUAAAAGGACGGUGUCUAUCAAGCGUUGCAUCUCGAUUGCAAUCGUUGUAACCAUUCGUCGUUGUGCCGCCGCCGAAUAUCGCAGCAAACUGCGUACCAAUUCGCCUCCGAAAAGCACGGACGCCUUCGGCAAACAACAUUGUUCCCCGUAAAAUCAUAAUUUUACAGGCUUCUCAAUAAAAUAAAAUCAAUUACAAUGAUUAAUUCGCUGCCAUUAUGUAACCCUUUGACUUUAAUUCGAUACUAAAACAAUACGUAAACAAACUUCAAUGCUUAGUUGCGAAUUACGAGAAUGUUAUAUGGAUUAUAUGCAAAAUUAGAUUACCUCAACUUUAUUAAAUUCGAAAAUCGUCGACGAGAUAAAUAAUAACAAUAUGCUAUUCAUUUCAGAUUAUUUAAUUUAAUCAUUUCAUUAAUAGCUAUCAUCGACACGCACAUAAAAUAUUUAUUAUCUAUUAUCAUUUAGUAUUAUUAUUAUUAUUUAUUAUCUAAUUUUGGAUACAAUUUAUUUCAAAAUAAUGAAUAAAACAUUUUACUUUCGCGUAAGAUAAAGCAAAACAUAAAAGCUCGUCGAUAUAUAAAACGCAAUGUUGUUUCGCUAUACAACAACGUGUUCGACGGCGUCCGUGCUCGACGAUAAUUCAAUCCUUCGUCCGUCAUCCCCUUUUCUCGAGGCUGAUUCCAAAGAACUCAUUGUCAGUUAAAAGGUGACUAUCGUAUUAAGAGCGGUGCGCACACGCGAAACGAUUACUUCUUAAUAUUUUUGGGACCACUCUGAUUAAGGAAACUACCGUGCGAGCUCCCAGGGGCCGAUCCUAAAUGUAAAACGGUACCAGUAUUAAGGGCUCCUUGCUUUCUUCGUCGGUCGAGAGCGCGGACCGCACGAUGAAGGUAGGAGAAAGGAAGAAGCGCGAAGAACGAGAGAUGGGCAGGACAGAAAACAAACCGGAAGAUUAUUACCUCGAGAAAAUCGAGGAGCAAAAGGCCGAAUGAAUGGAUGCUGGGGCUCACUUUAAGCGAUCUACAAUUCACAUAAAAAUUCACGCUAAACUUCUACUUAUAGUAUUAAAGUGCAAUUUCACUCGAUGCUUGAUGCUAGAUUUCAAACAAUGACUAGAAUUCAACACGCGCGCCAGCGUUAAUUCAUGAAAUUAUCAAGAGAAUUCUAUUCUAAGAUCUAAUGCAUGCGAAUUGUAUAUCAUUCAAAGUGAGUUGAACGCAUCGGCCGGGCAUAUCUCUAGUUGUACAUAUCCGUGAUUCUUCGGUAGCUGUUACGUUGAUAUGCAAACACAAAAACGCGCGUAAUACAUAUAAAUAUGAUCGUAUAUAUAUGUAUAUACGUACAUAAACGCGUUAUUCUCCAAGAGCCGUCGAGCGGCAUUUUUACGUGCAUGACUGCACGUUUCGGAGUCAGAAAGGAAGAAAAAAUGAAAGAAUUAUCCUUAACCGUGACGAAAAAAAUGCGAUAGUUUGUAGGAUGGAACGAUUUAAAAAAAGAGAGCGAGAGAAAGAGAGAGAAAGAGAUGAAUUGAUUCAUUAAAAUUUAUAUAAUUGAUUAAUUAAGAGACGUAGUCUCGCCGCGCGCACUCGGGCUGGCACCGACUUCGCACGGUGUGUGUCGAUCACCGAGAGAUAAUGAUCAGAUGCGACACGAGAUGUCCCGUUUUUGCUUAAUUAUGAACUUUGUCACAUAUACGUAACGCAUUUAUCUUGCAAGCGGUCGCUGCCCCGCGUCUCUCGUCGACGGCUUUCUCCGGCUCAGUGCAAGUAUCGCUAUAUGACCGUCGGAAAAGAAAAUUAUACAUGCAAGUUUAACGAACUAUGCAGCAAUUAGUUAAAUCGCCGAAUAAUAUUGACUAUAUAUAUAGUUAUCAGAGAGAAGGGAUACCAGGUUAAUCGUAAUCGUUUCUUGCCUACUUCUCUAAAAACUUCAUCUCGUUCAAUGAUUUUUAGGAUACAAUUUACAACUACUUACAAUAAUUAAUUUACCGUCUUGGAAACGGCACGAAAAAAUGCAGAAGAGAACGCUCUGCCGUUUGAUGUACUUGCAGAAAACGUAUUUUGAAUUCCAAUUGAUUGUUGAAAAAUUCCGAUCUUGCUCCGUUUAAUCCCGUAUUAUAUAUAAUUUCGCCAUUAACAUUUGUGAUAUUUUCCGUUUGACCUCCAGUUAAUGUAUAAAUUUUCGAAAAUGUUGUGUAAUCGUUGUAUAUGUGCACGUAAAAAGAUAUACUUUUUGUAAAAUUCUUCGGAUAUAGAUUGGUCAAAAUGGAAAAAGAUUUUUUUGUAAACUUUAUUGUGAGAUAUUAUCAAGUAACGUGCUAUUCCAUGUAUUACAAUCGCCAUUAAGCCGCGAUGCUUAAAGAGUAAGAUGGGCGAUGAAAGAUUUGUAAGACAAAACGUAAAAAAAAAAGAUGUUACCGCUAAAGCAGAAAACUUCUUUCCUAGUACGCCAUACAAUAUGCCGUAGCAUUUCGUCACAUUUAAAUGACAAUUAUUACGAAAUAAAAAAAAAGGACGAGCAUUAUAUGAGUAGCCGCUAACAUUAAUAGAAUUCUCUUGGCGUUAUUAUGUAAACACUCGAGUAGCCUCCGUUCUCAUUUCGAAGAACAAAGAGAAGCAUGUAAUACCCGUUAAAUAAAAGAAAAAAAAAGCAUGCGACCAUCUUGGAAACUUAUAGCGAAUUUAUCAUUACAAUAAAUAUUAAUACUAUUGACAUUGUUGAGAAAAAGAAUCUACAUGUAAAUAUAUAAGCAUAAAGAGCAUUUUUAUAAAUAA